ACCUAAUCACCCUUAAUCUCCCUAACCCAUGAAUUCAAAAGGUGAUUACUCACUAAUCUCCAUGAUUCCUCUUAAACCCAUGUUGGAUUUUAGAUUAAUCAUGUAGAGAAACACAGAAAAUAGAUAAGAACACAGAAUUUCAAUAGUAAACUGAUCAAUUGAUUCAAAGAGAUGACUUUCCAAAGGUUUUUGGUGGUUUUUUCUAAGAACAAAGAUGAUCCUCCUCUUGGUGGCUCUUAGAGUAUUAAAACAUAGGUUUAGAAAAUAAAAAUGUGCAUAAUGAAAUGACCAAAAGGCCCUUGAGGAAUCACAAGUUCGAGCAAAAAUAAAACGCGCAGCGACCUCAGCCCGUCGCUCCGAUAAGUCGCUCCAGGCUUCGGGAGCGACCUCGCUGUGUCGCUGCGAGAGGUCGCUCCGGGCUCGUUCUCGCAUCUCCGAGUGAUGAAAACGCGAGCGACUUCUCCCUGUCGCUCUGGUAAGGUCGCUCUGAUAGGGAGAUCAGAGCGACUUGGUGGUGUCGCUCCGGACUGGUCGCUCCCAUGCCUUGCUCGCCCAAUGACCACUUUAAACACUUCUUUUGAGCUCCAAAUGCACCCAAAUGCCUCCAAGAACUCCAUGUGGUACUCCAAUACCUGAUAAAGACUCAUGUAUGCAAAAUGCAACCUAAACAUGGCUAAAUCCUAAUCUAUAUGAUCAAAAUGCACAUGGGUGAAUGGAUAAAACAAUAGAAUUAUGCAAGAUAUCAACUAUACCAAUCACAUUACUAACACAGUUUAGUCCUUCAUGAGUGGAGAACAGUGAAUACACAGUUCAUUAUCUCAACUCUAACCCUAUAACAAUAAAAAAACUUGAAAAACAAUGAUCAACUUAAAACGCAAAAUUCACAACUACAAUAACUCUAACAAAUAUUGAGAUAAAACAAGAAUUCCGUCCACAACUCUGCGCUUGCGCAGAGGCAAUGCCCCUAGUACAUAUUAAUAACUUUACAAGCUAGUCUAUAAAUUAUAUGGUUUUUAUAACUAUAAUUUUUCUAUUGACUAUUAUGAUAAGUUUAUUUUUUUAACUAAAAUUGUUUUCUUUAAGAUAUAGAGCUACUUAAUUUUCAUUACUUUUUAUUAAAAUACUUUUUCUGAAUGUGUAUACAUACACAUCCAUUAAAUUUCAUUCAAACAAUAAUAUUCUUUAAAAUAAAUUCUGCCAAAAUAAAUAAGAAAAACUCAUAAAAGAGAGAAAUUAUUUAUUUAUUAUUUUAUAACUUUGUUUUGGGAAGUGAACACUUCAACAAGAAGCUACAACACAACCUUUCACUUUUUCUAUAUCUCUCUCCAUACAGUUGUAUUUUUGUGGAUUGUCAACGCUCUCUGAAAGAGGAGCCAAAGAAGCUUCUUUCUCUCCCAUCUUUAAAAAACAAACAUUUUUCACCAUUAUAUACUCACUUUUCUACUCUCUGCUUCACUUCACCACUCUCCUCCACUUCAAGAAUUGUCUCUCUCUACUUCACACUCUGUUUCUUGCUCUCCCCAAGAUAACAUGGGAUUCUCAGCUGGUAAAAGAAAAUCACGAGAUGAAGCAGUCACCUUAUCUGACCUCAACGACGACGUUUUGGAGAGAGUCCUCUCACACCUACCAACCUCCUCUUACUUCCGCAUGACCUCCGUCUGCAAGAGAUGGAAGUCCACCCAAACCUCAACAACCUUCAAGCUCGCUUGCUCUCGAGUCCCUUCUCGAGACCCUUGGUUCUUCAUGAUCGCUAAAGACUCCACCUCUUCCUCUUCUUCUUUCGUUUACGACUCCACAGAAAACAGCUGGAAAAACCUCAACCGCUCGCUCCUCCUCCGCCACCGCCGUGACUUCACCCCCGUAGCUUCCUCCGGCGGCUUGCUCUGCUUCCGCUCCUCUGUCUCCGGUGACUUCCUCCUCCGUAACCCCCUCACUGGUUCCUCCAUUGACCUUCCUUGGCAAGAUGAUAACAAACCUCUCCAAGCUGUAGCCAUGACCACCAGCUACAAGCUUGUUACAAUCUCCGGCGAAGUCCCAAACCUCUGUUUCCGUUUCUACGAGUCAAGUUCUUGUUCAUGGAGCAAAGAGUUUGAGUUAGUUAUAAAGAACAAUACAAAGGACGGUGAUGAUACAGAAACAGUUUACUUUCUUAGCAAGUCAGGAAACGUCGUCGUAGCGAGUAACACUCUCCUUAGAACCCCUUCGAAGCAGUACUCUUCCGUUAUAACCGUUAAAGACAAUGUAGAAACCGUCUACUUUCUCACCUCUCACGGAACCAUCAUAGCGUGUGACCUCGCCAAAAGAAGCUUCACACACCUCCCAAAGCUUCUUCCUCCGUUUCUUGAGUAUUCAAUCGACUUGGUGGAAUGUAACGGAACCAUGUUUGUGGUCCUUCUCUCUGAGUUUUACGAAAGCGCCAGCUUGAGGAUCUGGAAGCUGGAGGACAUGAACUGGGUUCAUGUCGGGAUGUUGCCUCCUGCUAUGUCUCAUGAGUUGUACGGCAGAAAGGGGGACAUAAACUGCGUUGGAGGAGCUGGUGGGAACAAGAUACUUGUGUGCUUUAAUGCGGAUCUUCCUGAGGUGUGUUGUAGAUACUUUGUGUAUGAUUUAGUUGGAGAAGAGUGGAGUGAGUUGCCAAGAUGCUUUAAGGAUGGAGAAGCGGUGGAGUUUGUUUCUGCACUUUCUUUCCAGCCUAGGAUUGAAGCAACAGUUUGAUGUUUUGCUUUUUUUUUUUUUCUUUAUGGAUUAGGUUUCAGUGAUUGUUUUGUUUGUGUAUUCUUUUGAGUAUAAUGCAGUGUAACUUGAUUUAUAUUAUCUGUUGACAAUCAUUGAGUUUGAAUAUACCCAGUCUUCUGAUGUCUCUAAUCACAUCUUUUACUUGCAUGGUUGUUGGCAUUUAAAGCUGAAGGAUGCAAACUUGCAAGUCAAGAAACUCAUAGGGGGAAACUAGAAUGAUGUGUGUUUAUAUUAUCUGGUUCUUGACGUUUAGCAACCGGUUAUUGCAUAAUGAUGUGUGUUUUUCGGUUUAGUACUGUUAACCAAAUUACUGAUGAAUUGUUGGCAAAAAAAAAGGAGAGUAGAAAGAAAUGAUUUGAAUAUCAAUAGCACCAAUAAUUCAGCAGAUAACCCUACAAUGACUAAAGAACUAUAUCAAUCAAGUAGGUGAAGAAGUUAAGAAGCAUCCAGAUAUUUUCUUACAUUAUUAUCUAACUGUUUUUAAAAAUAAAACACAAAUUUUUUUUUUAGUUUUGACAUUAUAUGUAUUUUACUAUUUUGAGAUAGUUUUAGUUUUUUCAUGGAAUUAGAAGUACAUUUAAGAAAAAAAUCCCCCUAUACAUUAAAAGAGAAGUCACUUUAGUGAUUUCUGCUGAGGUGGCACUCAUAUAAAGCUUCUCAGGAAAAACGUUAUAAUUCUAUUGGCUGGAUUUUUUGAAUUUUUCUUUUUCAUUUAUUUUAAUCAAUCACUUACGUAGACAAGCCCAAAACUAUUGUCGAUUUCGUUAAGCCCAUAUAUAGAUAGGGGAUAAUAAUUAUCGAUUUAAUUUAGCCUUGGAUACACGUUCGUGUUCGGGUCGGGUAUUUCAGAUUUUCAGGUAUUUCAGAACCCGUUCGGGUAUUUCUGUACUUCGGGUCGGGUUCGGGUAUUUUUAGUUCGGAUUCGGUUAUUUCGGAUCUGGUUCGGAUAUUUAGAUUUUGAAAAAA